AUGGGCAACCGACCGCAGCCGCCGCGCCUGGCCGUCUCUGCGCGGCGCGUGAUCCGCACGAUGGUCUUUCUGCAGCACUUGGUUUCGGCGCUCUACUUUGUCAUUCUCUCGGUGCUCUACUACAACGCGUCGAGCGUCGACGUCCUCGUGCUGCAGGGCAGCUACAUGCACCUUUCGGCUGCGGUCUUUCUUUGCAUUGGCAUCCUCAACGUCUAUGCACUGCUGCGCAACGCGUGUCGGCGGCCACGGCGCUAUCAGAUCCUCCAGCGCUUUAGCCCGCCAUGGACGACGCUCCUCUCGGCCAACUCGUACAUCAUGCUGUCGCAUUUUGUCGAAGUCGGCUGCGAGAGUUACUUUGCCUACCUCCUCGCCGACUCGAUUGUCCAGCAACACGUGUCGUGUCUCUACGCCAUGGUGCUGAGCGCCAACUGUCUCUUCACGCCCUACGUCGUCUUCGUCUCGGACGUGCGGCUCAAGACGCUCCUCGUCGACGUGAUCGACUGCUUCCUUGGCUUCCUCCUCGGCACGUGCUUUCCGCUGGUGUAUUUUCUGCUGCCGCUUCUGAUGUACAGCUUCUUCGGCAAUGGGUUUCAAGACAACGACUUUGACUGGCACGUGCGCUUCAUUCCACCGGCGCGGCUUCUCAUUACGUCGUCGCUCUUGCACCUGUUUGUGUUGGCGAUGCCCAGCGUCGUUACGUGGUGCACGCUUCGCCGUGUCACCCGCGUCGUCAACUCGACGUGGCGGCUACGACAUCGAACGUCGGUGGCGCCAACACGCCUCUUUGUGUCGCCGACGCUCGUGCAGUCGUUCUCGACGAUCAACGCGGUCGUCGAGCGGCCGCGGACACUGCGCAACUUGGUUGUUGUCUACAGUGUCUGGGGCCUUCUUGUCGCAGGAACGUCGAUCUACGCGACCUUUUUACGACCGCAGAGCUGCCCGACCGGGUGCGUGUAUGCCGCCGCACCGUGGUUUGGUGGAGCGUGUCAUUGCCUCUACUUCAAGCUCAACUGCGUCGCGCAAAAGAUCGACAACAGUACGCAAGUCGACAGGUACCUGAACGGGCUGGGCGCGCGCGUCCUGUAUUUGCAUGUGCAGCAGUGCGCCAUCCCGAUGGGCCUCAAUGAAGCCACGUUGCAGCAGUUUCCCAGCCUCUAUGCCCUUCGUCUCGAGAUGACGCAGCUGCGGGCGUGGGACAUACCGAGCAGUGCGCUUCCGGCGACGCUCAUGCGGUUUGAAGUGCGAUACAGUGCGCUCGCGACAGUGCCGCAAAUUUUACUCGAGCCCGCGGCCAGCCUCAAGUGGGUCUACCUCAUUGGCUCAAAGCUACACGACGUACCAGACGACGUGGUGUGGCGAGAUCUGAUAUCGAUCUGGCUCAGCGAAGGCAGCUUUACACGCGUACCGCCGCCCCUUCUGCGCUUGGACGCGAUGCGGGUUUUGGCCAUGGACCGCAACCAGAUCACGUCACUACCUGACGAUAUGGCGGCGAGUCUCCCGGGUCUCUUGUGGCUCUACAUGGAGAGCAAUGCGCUAGUGAAGUUUCCCGCGUCGCUCGUGACAUCGACGCGUCACUUGUACUUUGGCGGCAACCCGAUCGCAGACAUUCCAAGCAACAGCUCGAGCUCCCACCUCAACAUGGCCGGCUCGACAUACUGCGACGCGCAAGGUCUGCGUGGCGUCGGCUGUCUUCCGCUCUGCGCCCCCGGUUGCUCGGACUUGCUUCUUCAAAAUUACCUCUGUGAUCUCCCAUGCAACGUUUCGGCAUGUGCGUAUGACACCGGUGACUGCCUCAUGCCGUAGCAAAAGGCCUCAAUGCCGUAGUCGAGACAACGACAAAGGAAGAUUCAUCUGCUUCGUUUGCUGGUGUCAGCUUCGCUCGAUCUGGGCUUUAUCAAUCAAUGGCUGAGAACACCGGCGUGCUGUACUGUAGCACCCGUGUACCUGUAGUUUGUGUCUCUUUGGCUGCAGACAUUUGGACAAGGAAUAUGACUUUGGCAUUGUUAGUCCGUCCUUACGCCAACCACAGUAGAUCCCAAAUUGGCGCAUUUGGCCGACGAG